UGUUUUGUGUGUUUUAUUUGAAGAGAAAGUCUUUAUCUAUUUUACAUGUAAAUGUACAACAAAAAUCAUGAGACCUAAUCAAAAUGGCACUUUGUUAUUGUAAGAAAACCUGGCCCUUUAAGAAUGGUUGUAAAUGUGUGUAAGCUUACAUGUAUGUGUGAAUUUUUCUCGAUUUUCACAUACUGUAUGUAUUGGUUUCAGUAAAGUCUGUAUGCCAUAUCCUGUAUCCAGACAUUCUCAAUAACAAACAAUAACUGUGUGAAAAAAAGACUUCAUUGAGAAUUGUGUUGUGUUAUUAAACAAAAAACAGUAUCUGAACUGAGGAAUUCGAUUCCGUGAAGUUUUGAAAAAACAGACUGAUGUGCCAAAUUCAAUGGAUUUUAUCAACUAGCUUUCAAUUGUUCAAUUCCACAAAACAAUUUAGGAUAUCAACUUUAAAACAAAAAGAUAUUGUUUAGGGGGAUACAUACAUUUUCUGAGACCACAUCUAAUAGUGCAAGUUCAGGCACCAGUAUCAAUAUGGAUGACGCAAGACAAGAACAAGCGUCCAAGAACUCAGAAUCAACUGGAUAUGGUUAUUCAUGCAGCAGUGAAACGAGGACACAGGCUGUGGAAAGCUUAAGCAGUAUAAGUAUAUCCAACACAAGUAACGACUUCCAGCAAGAAAUGUCCACAAGUGGUUGUAGCAGUGGAAUUGACAAACAUCAGAAAUACAAGCAAAUGAAAAGGGAGAAAGUGAAAGAUUGCUUAAAUGAAAUCAAGGCUUUGAUGUCAAAUUUGAGUAAAUCAAAGGGUAAACAUGGAGGAACAUUAUCCACAUUAGAACAGGUGCUAGAAAGAAUUCGAAAAAUAAAUCAUGAAGAGGGUAACAUUGUUGUUCCUAAAGACAAUCUACAGACCGCUAGGACUAAUUCUGAUAAAGACUCCCAAUCAGAGAUAUUUUAUGUAACAUUGACUUGCAGCAAAUUGAUGGUAAUCGAAGUGUCUGAAAAUCUGACAAACCAUUUAGGAUUUCGUAAGGAUAGUUGGCAGGGUUGUUCAUUUACUAAUUUUAUCUUGAGGAAAGAUCUGGCUACUCUGAACACAACACUUGGUAAUUUAUCAUCUACUGAUAAUGCAGAAGAUGGUCAGCAAUCUAAAAGUUUUUUUGCACGAUUCAGGUGUUUCCAGGACAUUUUUCAUGGUUUUACCGUCAAUAAAACGGCAGAUUAUGUACCAUUACAUGCCAAGAUAGUCUUCAAGAAGGGUAAAAAUAAACUAGAACCAAGCUGGACAUACAUUACAGAUAAAUCUGACUUGGUUGAGAAAUGUUUUACUUUAAAACUUCAACCAUGUAUAUCAGCAUAUACACCAGCGGGUGCCUCUGUAGAAAAAUCUUUCAGCAUAAGACUUUCAUUUAAUUGUAAAUUUACCCAUUUGAGUAAAAACACUGUACAAUUAUUGGGUUAUCUUCCUCAAGAUCUUCUGGGAACCUCCAUCUUUAAUCUUCUUCACCCUGAUAAUUUAGAAGAAUUGUUACAUACAUACAGACGAGUCAUUACCAUGAAAGGUCAACCAUUUAAAACACUGAAAAUGAAGUUGAAAACAAAGAAUAAUGACUGGAUUAUUGUGGAAACAGAAUGGUCUUGUUUUGUUAAUCCCUGGUCAAACCAGGUAGAAAUAAUCAUGGGUAAACAUAAAGUUAUUAGUGGUCCAAAAGAUCCGGAUAUCUUUAAAGAAAAAACAACAGAAAAUUAUGUUACUCCUACAAAGUUAACAGAAUUGGAAGUGACAAAUCUUCAAAGAAAGAUAACCAGAUUAUUGAAACAACCAGUAACAGCUAUAGCCUCGUCAUCAUCACUGAGUGAAGAUAAUACUGGAACUAAUAUAACUUCUGAUGAUCAUUUCUGUGAAAGUAACACUUCAUUUGCUCUGCCAAAAGCUGUUUCAGAUUCUAAGAAGGGUGAAUCUUCAAGUGACAUAAUAUCUCCAGCUGAAAGUUUACCAACAGAUUCAGAUACCUAUGUAUCUUAUGGACAACUCAAUUAUUCUUACAAUAUUAAAAGAUUUCUGCAGAGUCGACCAUUGACUUUAUCAAAAUUGGAAGCAAAUGAACAGUCUGGUGGUGAUGUUAAAGGCGUGGAUGAGUUUAUGAUCAGUAUUCCAUCACAUCAAACAGCUCAUACAGAUGAUAGUAGUAUCAAGGUGAAUAUGUCAGAUCAAGAAGUGUGUAUAGGAUCUCCACGUAAUGUGGAUGAGGAUUCUCAGCAGUCUAUUGAAAUGACACCAGUACGGCAAGUCUUUACACCAGUUCAUCUGACACAAGCUAGACUACGUGAACACACCAAGUUUCAGGAGAAGUUAUAUGUUCAACGAGUUAAAAAAGAUAAAAGUAUCAUUUUACCAAGACCAAAUCAGAAUUCUAUUAUUCUCAAAGUGGCAUCGUGUAGAAAACGUACUCGAUCACAGCAUGAAACUGACAAUGAAGACAUCGCUAAAGGAAAAAGUAAAAAAGUACACCUAGGCGAUGCUGACAUGGCGGUUAAAAAAGCCUUACAAAAUUCAAACUUUUUGUUUCGUUCCAAAUUGCCGAUUUGUAAUACAGAUACAAAUAAAGCGAAUAAAAUACCAGAUGCUGAAUUUGCUCCAGUGGGAAGUAAUUAUGGCGCAUUUCCACAAGGUUUACCAAUCAUGUCUUUUGAGUCAAGUAAUGUUGACCUGUAUUCAGGAUAUGAUAAACAAGUGGGAAAUAAAGAUGUCCAGUGGCCGUGUUAUUCUUCUCCAGGUUGUUCAUUUUCACCAUUUGUUAUGGGAGGAUUACUUCAUUCUGGUGGUGAGUUAGGUCCAGCUAGUGAUGAACAUGGUAAUUUAUUAACGGUACCCUGGCCAGCCUCUCUUCAACCGCUAAAUUUUAAAAUGAUGCAUCAGUCAUCCAGUAACUCUGCAGAGCCUGAUUGUUCAUCAACAGAAGAGGAGACAAAUUCAUCACUGUAUAUAUUACUAGAUAGUGGUAAUUACCCACCAAAAACCUAUACUGGAAAAAACCAGCAGAGAAUACCCACUCAGCAUAAAUCUACGCUAAAUAUGGGAGUUAAACCGCAAUGGGUUGAAGCUGUUCACUGGACUCAAGAUACACAGAUGCGAUAUGAGAUGCCAACACCUAAUUUACAAGAUGUGCUAAAGAGUGAUAAAGAUUUUUUAAAGCAUAUGAUCUCAAGUGAUUUGAUUGUGGCACAGUUACUGGAAUUACUAGGAGAAAUUUCUGAAGAAUCAUCUGGUAUGAAUAGUAGUGAAGACAAAAACAAAGAAACCGCUAUGGAAGAUAUAUUUAAACUUGGACAUCAGUUACAGGUACAUAUGGAAUCACGAGUUCAGGAAGAAUUAAUGGCAACACAUUCAAAUGCUAUUAAUUGUGAAAAUGCUGCUGAUGUUACAAAUUGUAAUGCUGAUGAUGUCGCAAAUCGUAAUAUUUUCGAUAUUACAAACUCUAAUUCUAACAGUUUAAUGAACUGUAGUGCUGAAGAUUUGGCGAAUUGUAAUAAUGAUGAUCUAUUGAACUGUGAUUCUUUGAAUGUGGAAUCUAUAAAUAGUGACAUAUCAGAAACAAAUGAAAUACUUAAUAUGUUAAGUCCCAAAUCUUCUAAAACAGACUUGUCUUCAAAAAGAGAUAUGAGUGUUUCCUCUGAGGGCAGUAGUGAUGAAAAAAUUGUCAGUGACAUAACACCAAGUGACCAAACAAGUACUGGAGAUUCCGCAAGUUCUUUAAAAGAAUCGGAUGGAACUAAUGAAAAAUACCCUGUUAGAAGACAAAAGAAAACGAAAGAAAUCAGAGCACCAUUUUAUGAUAAAUUGUUUAAACGGUUGCCUAGUGAUUUUGACUUUGUGGGAAACUCUAUUUUGUCUUUGGGGGAGCCUUUCUGGUUACAAAACGUUUCUUUAACCGAAGAUUUUUCUUAUCGAUAUCAAAUAGAUACACCAGAUUUAUCAAACCAGUUAGUGAUGGACAGAGAAUUUUUAGACAGUAAUUCCCAGCCACCUAUAAUUCAGGAGGAAUUGGACAUAGAUUCUCUUAGAAACUACAGCACAGGAAUCUCACCUGAUGAAGACCUGGAUGAUCAGUUUUAAAUGACUUUAUAUAAUGCUAAAAUGGUCGUUUUCUAUACUGUUUAACUAGCUUAAUAUGCCAGAAAUCAAGCCAUAAUGAUAAGUUAUCAAGGAACUGCUAAAGUGGUUCUGAAGAGACUAGCAUAUUAAAGAAUAGUUUUGACAUGAAGGAACAUCCGGUGGUGAAAUGAUUUGAAAAAAAAUAUUCAACAUACAUGUUCUUUUGUCAAUUGUAUAUACAUUGUUUUGUGAUGUUCUCUGUUAAAUCAACUUUGACAUGAUAUUACUUAUCAGGACAUACCAUUCAUUAUUCUUGUCAUUUGAUCAUAUAAUCAAAAUUCAUUUUUUUCCAGUGUUACAUCUGAUUUUUAAAAGCACAAAUUUAAGUCAAAUCUUCCAUCCAUCCUUCUAUGCGUCUGUCUUGAUUCCAUUGGAACGCAAUAAUAUCAUUUCUAGUGAAUGAAUUUUGAUGAAACUUUGAAAAUCAAUUCAUUAUCACAGUCACUUCUGUCGAUUCAUAUUUAAUUAGCCUAUUUGAAUUACUUUGAUAAAUUGUUAGAAGUGAAAUAACUUUACUUAUGUUACAAAUAUCUCAACUAGAAUUGUACUUGAAUUUUUACGAACUGUCCAUCUCACAAUUAAUGCUGAUCCAAUUGUUGGAUUUGAAAUGCAAUUUCAGAUCAUCUACAUAAAUUCGAACAUAAAUGCCUUCUGCGUGUGUUUAUUAACCAACUGCAAUCUUCUUUUUGUCCCCUGCUUCUGUCUGUCCGUUCGUCCGUCAGUCAGUCACAUUUUUUGGGACAAAAUAACUCUGCUUCUAAUUGAUAUGUGAUAAGCAAUUUGAUUGGUUGAGACUUUGGAACACAACAACUCUCCUUCUAAUUGAGGUAGAAUGUUCAAAUUUGGUGUAGGUGUUUAAGAGGUGAAUGAGUUCGAUAAUGCACAUUUUCCAGUUAGGCUAAGCAGAGAUAAACAAUUUGAUUGGUUGAGACCAUGAAAUAAGAUAACUUUGGUUCUAAUUGGGUCAGAGUGAUGAACUCCAGGUAUAGAUUCAUUAUAUCAAUACCUUGACUAAUUUCGAUGAUGAGAAUUUUCUGCUUAGGCUAUGUAGCGAUAAGCAAUUUGAUUGGACAAUACUUUGGAACAUAACAAUGAGGUAUAGAUGUUUAUUAGACAAUGAUUAACAUUUCCCGCUAAAGCUAAGCAGAGCUAAGCAAUUUCAUUGGUCGUUGCUUUGGAACAAGAUAGCUUUGAUUCUAACCGAGUUUGAUCAUGAAUAUUUUAUGCUCAGACCAAGUAUAGAUACUUUUGAUAAAGAUAAAUGUGCAAUUAUUUUAGGAUUUCUUCAGGGGACAUCAGCCUUACUGUUGGCUUGUUUUAUUAAGCAACUUUGUCUUGGUAUAUGUGGAUGUAUAUUGCAUUCACUGCAAUCUGUUCUUUUAAAACUCGAAUUGACUAAUAAGAUGUUGGGACAGGGCACCACAUCUAACUUUUGUGGUUAAACAACUUAUAGCGCCAUAAUAUUGUACAUUUUCUGUUUUUAAAAUCAUGUUUACGUUGUAAUUGGAAUUGUUUUAUUAAGUGACUAUUGUGCAUGUACCGGUAAAUACAUUUUAAUAUAUAUAUUUCAUUAUUCCUGUGAUACUUAUUGUUUAUGUUUAUGAUAAAAUUUUGUAUAUGUAAGUCUUAUUCAGUGGGUAAGCAACCUACCAUAUUUGUUGAAAAACUGGUAGCUUUGAUGCAGAAACAUUUUUUAUUGGAGAUUUAAGCCUUAUAAACUGGUAGAUUUUAUACAGAAUAAACAUUUUUCAUAGGCGAUUUAAGCCUUGUAAACAAUCUACAGAAAACUGGUAGCUUUUACACAGAACACAAGAAAUUUUCAUAAUUCUUUUUAUACCCUUACAUUGAAAUGUGCUUUAUAUAUUGUCAUCACCCCCUUCCGUUGCGUUGGUCCAUCGAUCUGUCAUCCAUACACAGUGUUAAUGAACAUGAGACGAAGAAGCUUGUUGAUUUUCAUCAGUUUCCAAUAAUUGCUGUCAGAGUUAUGGACCUUGAUCAAUUUAAAAUCUUAUGGCCACUCUUGAGGCUCACAUAAUUAUUUAAUUACCAGUACUUAUUUUGUAUAAUAACUGUCAAUCCAAUGUUAAUUAUUUCUGAUAAUUACUUCAGGGGUUGUUACUCUUGAUCAGUGUUUAGUGUCUUGUAAAUGCUCACAUUACCUACUCAAGGAUAAAUAUGCAACUGCCAGGACGAAUUAGCUGCUGUGGUUGUAGUUUUGUUGCCUGGCAACCUAUCUUACUAAAAGUAUUUGAAAUCUAUCAAUCAUUAGUUCCAUGUAUUUUAAACCAAAGAAAUUAAAUACAGCUGAGGGUUAUUUCUUGGCAGCAUUUCAAAUAUCUCCUUAAAAACACUAAGAGAAUUUUAAAGAAAAUACAGCAGUUAAAUCUGAUCAUGUACAAGUACUUUAAUUGUUUCGUUGGUUUCCUAAAUGUGUAUUUCAAUGUCAUUUUGCAUAGUUUCUUUAUGUGGUUUUUCAUAUAUGUGGUUACUAUAUAAGUCAUAACAGGAGAAAUUUAGCAUAAUAUUAAACCACAACCUAUAAUAUUUAUAUACGCCCACAUUUUCACGUGGACGUAUAUUGCCGUCGUCCCGGUCCGUCCGGACGUCCACAAUUGUUUGUGGACACUCUACAGGUCACAAUUCUUAUCCAAUUUUGACGAAACUUGAAAUAUAGGUUUAUCUCCAAAAGAUCCGUAAAAAUCGGACCAAAACUGACAGACAAAAUGGCCGUCCCUCGUACUCAAAUAGCGUAAAAAUAUGAGAUAUCAAGGUUGUGGACUCUCUAGAGGUCACAAUUUUCUUCUGAUUUUGAUAAAACGUGAAAUGUUGAAAUGUAAGUUUAUAACCCAAAGAUCUCAGUUCCUUUCUGUAUUUGCACAUAUCGGACCGUAACUUCCUGAAUUAUGGCCCCUGAUUGUACGGAAAAUCGUGUUUUUAUCUUGUGGACCCUAUAAAGGUUAUAAUUUUUAUCCGAUUUCAAAAAACAUUUGAAUAUAUCACCUUUACACCCUAAGGAUGGUUGAGUUUGAAUUUCGUGAAAAUUGGACCAAAACUGAUACUCAAAUAGCGUAAAAUUAAGGUUGUGGUCCCUCUAGAGGUUUCAGUUUUCUUCUGAUUUUGAUGAAACUUGAAAUGUAAGUUUAUAACCCAAAGAUCUUGGUUCCUUUCAAUAUUUGCGCAUAUCGAAGUGUAACUUCCUGAAUUAUGGCCCCUGAUUGUACGAAUAAUCGCUUUUUGUUUAGCUUGUUCUCUAUCCAUCUCUUGCAAAAUGUGGGCGUAUCCUGCCUGGCAGCCACUGGUUACAUACUAAAAUCUCAUUCAAGGUCACAUGUUUGUUAUCUUUUCAAUGUCAUUUUGUGUGUAAAUUUGCAUCAAAAACUUCACAUUAAUCACAUCCUUAGUUUAAGCCAUUGUUCACUUAUAAUCAAUUUUGUGUUCAACUGUUGAUAACAUAGUGUCCAGGAAAUAUAUGUUAUUACGAGUAUUUCUUAAAAUUGUAACAUUAUAUUUUUUAAUCUUAGGCUAAAAAUUUUCUAAAUCUGAAAAAAAUAAGAAAAAAUAGUUGAUACUAGGUGAGCUUUUCGAGUCCUUAAGUAAUUAUUUAUUCUUUGACUUGAAUACCUUGAUAAAAUUUGAACUUGAAAUUAGAUAAACUUCAGAAAUUUUCUGAAUAAUAUACCCUUGAUAAAUUAAAGUUCAAAAUAUUUGAUUCAUAGACUAUCUUCAAAAACUUCACUGCCAUAUUCAUUUUUAUUUUUGAAUACUUGCUUUUUUGUUACUGAAAAAUGUAUGAAAGGUACAGUAUCGAAAUACAAAUCAGUUAUAUAAAUGUUUGAAUAAUCUGUCAAAAAAUAUAGCAGUCAUGACCAAAAUACUUCUUACAUAUAGAAUUAACUAAUUUUUUAUAAACAGAUCUAUAAAACUACUUUUCUGAUUUUAUUCAUAUUUUGAAAUUGGAUUCAUUAUUAACUUUCAUAUCUUUCAACACUUUUCAUUAAUUGGAAGUGAGUUGAAUAAUAUGAAAGUAUUUUGUAUCUGCUUGGCAGAUCUUGUUAUCAUUUUGACAUUAAAUAAUUUGAAAGUUUUUUAUAUCUGCUUGACAGAUCUUGUUAUCAAUUUUCACAAGUAAAGUAAAUAUUUGAAUUAUUAUAUAGAAAGAAAUUGUUAAUCUUUAUUCUAAUCAAAUUGUACCAUAGGACAUAAGAUAUUACUAAAUUGUUUGGAUAUAUCUAGCUCAUUGUUCCUACAAGUAUAUUUGACUAUAGAUAUUUUUAUUAAAUGUUGUGGCUCAUCUUUUUUUAAAAAAAAAAGUGGUCAGUGCCACCAGUGCUUUAGUAUUCCUGUAUUCCUAGGUAAGUGUUCCCAAGACCAAUAAAACCAUAUUUGGCUGUAAAUUUAGUUACAAUACCAAUUUACCUGACACAAAUGACCAGAAAGGUGUUCAGUAAUAUUGGACAUUUUGGCAGAAAACAAUUCAUCCAAUUAAUUCUAAAAUGAUUUGAAGUUUAACUAACAAAAAUACCUCUUGCUCUGUGUUAGAUACAUGUUUAUAUUAAGCAUAAUCAUGGAGCAUUCUUCAGCAUUGUAAAUGAAGGAUAUUUCUUAAAAAUGAUCUCCUCAAGUUAUCAACUGUGCUCACUAACAACCUUUAAUCCACCCCAAUGAUCUUGACAUUUUUGUUUUAACUGAAACGAGGUUAAAGUCAACAGAUAACUUUGCAAUAAACCAACUCAUCCCUGUAAAUUACGAUUUUUCACUUGCAAACAGAGAAUGUAGGAAUGGGGGUGGUAUCGCCUUUGUCCACAAAAAGUCUAUGACGUCAUCUAUACUCAAUCCAUCCAAAUAUAACAGCUUCUAGAUCCAGCAGCUGAGAUUUCAGUGCAAAAGUGAAAUUAUCCAUCUUGUGGUAGUUUAUCGGCCCCCAGCAUUAAAAAAUAACAUAUCUAACAUCGGGAAAUUUCUCGAAGCAUUUUCUGAUCUACUCCAUGUUUUGUCUUCCGCGUCGGGGCGUUUAGUUAUAGUUGAGGAUUUCAGUAUUCACCUAGAUAUCCCACUUGACAGACAUACAAAGAAAUUCACUGAACUUCCCAACGCAUUUAAUCCUACUCAGCAUAUAAAUGAGCCUACACAUCGCGCUGGUUAUACCCUAGACAUUAUUAUUACGAGAAUCAAUGAUAAUUUACUAAAUUCCAUUCAUGUUAAAAAUGACUUGAUAUCCGAUCAUUACAGUGUUUUCGCUAAACUGGCGCUUUAUAAACCUGGACCAAUAAAACGCACUAUAUCUUUCCGAAAAACUAGAAACAUUGAUGUAGAGCAAUUCAAAGCCGACAUAACUUAUGAGCAGUUUUAUGAACAGAUCAAAGAACAUGAUAAUAUUCAUCAUAAGAUUGAACAAUAUAAUAAAAUUCUUAUUAAAUUAUUAGAUAAACAUGAACCGGUUCAAACUAAAAGUAUAACUAUCAGAUCAAAUAGAAAUUGGUUUAAUGAUGAAAUUCAAAAAUGUAAACAGAAGAAAAGGAAAGCGGAAAAAUAGUGGCGAAAAUCAAAUCUAGAAAUACACAGGCAAAUAUAUAUAAAAUGUAAAAAUGAGACUAACACUACAAUAAGAAAUGCAAAACGUCGCCAUGUUAUGAACAGUAUUCUUGAGAAUCGUGGUAAUACCCGUGAAAUUCACAAGGUUAUCAAUAGAAUUCUAAAUAAAGACGGGCCAGAACAGACUCUCCCAGUAAAUCAUCAAAGCAUCGUGUACUCUUGAUCCCAUUCCCACUUGGCUACUAAAACAGUGUCUUGAAGUGAUGGUCCCAGUUAUCACAGAUAUUGUAAAUUCCUCUUUGGCUUCUGGCUGUAUAAUAAUAACCUCAACGAAGUAUUCCAAUCCGCAUAUAGAAAACAACACAGCACUGAAACCGCCUUAUUACUUGUUCAAAAUGACUUACUAAACGAAAUGGAUAAGAAACAAGCAUCGGCAUUAGUCCUGCUUGAUCUAAGCGCUGCGUUUGACACGAUAGACCACCACAUUUUUUUAAAAAGAUUGCUAAACAACUUUGGUGUUAGUGGACUAGCCCUUACAUGGUUCCAGUCAUACCGUGAAAACCGUACAUAGACCAUUGUUAUCAAAGGUUCCACAUCCAAAUCAACUGUUUUAAAAUAUGGCGUGCCACAGGGUUCCGUUCUCGGUCCUUUAUUGUUUACCAAAUACACAACAUCUUUAGGAAAUGUCAUUCGUAAACACGGUCUUAACUACCAUGUGUACGCCGACGACACUCAAUAUAGCUUUUGAGCCUUCUUCUGAACCAUCUGAGAUAUGCGAACUUGAGGCCUGUUUAUCCGAUAUUCGUAAAUGGAUGGACUCAACGAUGACAAAACAGAAAUAAUGAAAGUCGACAUCAGGCAGCAACUACUAAAAUCUAAAACAGAAAACUAUCAAAUUGGCAAUAUCUCUAUUACACCAACAGAUUCUGUAAAAUAUCUUGGUGUUUAUUUUGACUCUCAUCUGGACAUGAAUCGACAAAUUUCGGCCAUGUGUAAAAGUAUUAAUUUUCAGAUUUAAUAUUGGAAAAAUUAGAUCUUUCAUUGAUAGUGACGCGAAUUAAAGUGCUAGUAAACACUAUGGUUACAUCACGACUCGACUACUGUAAUUCACUUUUGUACAAUCUACCUGAAAAUAAAACCAAACGACUUCAGAAACUCCAAGACGAAACCAAAUGAACAUAUGACACCAAUUUUGAAAGAUCUCCAUUGGCUUCCAGUCCGUCAACGUAUCAAUUUUAAAAUACUGUCUAUUACGUAUUCUGCUCUAAAUGAUGAUUCUUCGCCUCAAUACCUUAGAGACCUUCUUAACACCAAUAAACCUUGCAUAACCCUUCGAUCACAAUUAGACAAUCUCUUAAUUAAGCCUUUUUCAAAAACAAACUCCGGUGAUAGAUCUUUCGCCGUAGGUGCUCCGAAGUUAUGGAAUUCAAUAUCAAACGAAACCAAAAACCCAAAUUCUAUUUUAGGUUUUAAAAAAUAUCUUAAAACCGAACAUUUUGCUCAAAUAUACAACUGAUUGAAUACGGUUCUAGUUGUGUUUGUCAUUCUUUUACCAUGUGUACUAAAUAAUGUUCUCGGGGGUUUUUUGGGUUUUUUUUAUGGAUUAAUGUGUUGUAAUUGUUGAAAAUUAUAUUAGCUGUACUUAUGUAAAGCGCCAGAGGGCUGCUCGCUGAGUUGAAUUGUUGGCGCUAUAUAAAUCAAUUAUUAUUAUAUUAUUAUUAUAAAUUUAGAUUUUUAUUUCACACUUUUAAAUUACAGAUUCUAUGUUGGCAUUGUUAAGUUUUAGAUUUUAUGUAAAAUGUAAGCCUAAGCUAAGAGUUUUUUGUUUUAAUGUGUACAACAAUCAAUGAGCUUAACCUAAUUAAACAAUAUAUGGUUGUAAAUUUUACAGUGCCUCGUUGUAGGAAUUGGUGUUGAAUUUAAUUGUUUGUUAUAUUGUAACUAUAUUUUGUUGUUAAAUAAAUAUAUAUAAAAAACUCAAUAAAACCUAUCCAAAUUUA